CUCAACUCCUUUUCUCGCAGAUGUUCUCGCGCGGCUUCCAAAAUGGCGGCCUUCGGUGAAGAGUUCACGUUGUGUCCCUUACCCGGGGCUCCGCCGCAAGCCCCCUUGGGCCUGGAACCCGACGCCGACCGGGUACUACUCACGGACCGGGCCCGAACGGUGACGCUUUAUAAGGUUUCAGAUCAAAAACCAUUGGGUUGCUGGUCCGUCAAACAAGGCCAAAAAAUUACAUGUCCAGCUGUGUGCAAUUAUGAAACAAAAGAAUUUGUUAUCGUUCACAAUGACAAGAUUUUACAGAUAUGGAAGGAGGCUGAUACGAACUUGGACAAAGUCUUUAAAGCCACAUUAUCAGCCAGUGUUUAUCGGAUCCAUUCUCUGCCUCAUAUUGAACCCCUGGUCCUGUUCAAGGGUGGUGGUGUGAGGAGUUUGGAUACUUUGCUAGCUGCACCUCAGCAAGAAGUUGAAAAUAUCAUUUCAGAUGAAGUUAUUAGAUGGAGUAAUGUUUUCAUGGGAGCUGAACAACCUGUUCUGACAUUUAUUACUGAGCAGAAUGGGAAUUACUUCCUAUACAUUCAGCAGUGUAAUACAUGUGUCCAUCAGAAGUUUAAACUUGAAACAGGGAGUGAGUCAUCUACACCACUGAGCUUUGCUGGACACUUGAACAACAAAGUUAUUACACUUCUAUGUUUAUAUUCAAAUGGCUGUGUGUUUAAGGUUCUGGUGCCACUAUCACCAAGUGUCUCUGAAGAAGAACAUGUUCUGUCAAUGUCACUUCUGGUCAGACUUGUAAUAUCUGGCAGUAUUCUAAAAGGGACUUCAAUUGCAAUUCUUGAUAAAGACCAUAUUGCUGUAACAGGAAGCCUGGAUUCCCCAGACAGUAAUGUUAAAGAUUGCUUUUCCAUAUGGAAUAUAAAGUUCCAGACAUUGCAGGCUUCAAAAGAAUUGCCACAUGGAACCAUUGGUCAAUGCUGGUGCUAUGGCGACAAACUCUUUGUAACACAUGGUAAAGAGUUAAGAGUGAUUCUGUAUAAGUGUGAAGCCUCAUCCUUAGCUGCUGCUAUUGGGAAAAUCAAAGAUACACAAAUCUCAGGAAUGAAAUCUGUCUCUGUGAAUUGGAAUAUGCGUCAGGAAAAUGAUACGAUACAUGUGCAGCUGGAUCAGCAUGUACCUUCUAAGAGGAAGUUACGAUCAAGAAAAAGCGCUCCGCUGGAGAUCCUCACGUUUGAACAACUUCUUUUAAGAAUCAAGGAUGCUUCUCAGAAUAUAAUAGAAAAUAAGGUGAUGGCCUUUUUGUCCAGUGCUCAGACACCUGAGUUUCAAGCAUCGAUUGGCUAUGUAGUGUCUGCUCUUGUGAACAGGUGUAAAGCAGAACCAUCAUUUUUUCCUCGGGAUUGCCUGGUGCAGCUGGUCCAAACACAAGGCCUCUCUUACAGUUUGUGCCCUGACUUAAUGGCGGUUGCCUUGGAGAAAACAGAUGUACACUUGUUACAGCUGUGCCUACAGCAGUUUCCUGACAUCCCUGAAGCAGUGAUUUGUGCUUGUCUGCGGACUUUCCUGAGCAUUGGUGAUGACCGCCUUGAAGCAACAAAUGUCAACCUAGAUUCUCUAGCAUGUCAUGUUCAUACUGUGCACAACAAUAAGAUGGAAAAGCAAUCUAAAAUUACACAGAAUGGCUUCAGUUCUGAGCCCCUGGAUGAUGAUGGCUGUGAUGCACAGCUGCCACAGAAGUCUUCUGUAAAAGAAACAAAAGAAAUGUGCCCUGUGGGACCACAUAAAGCAAGUUUACUAAAUACCAUUCUUUGUUCGGCAUAUAGCGAAACCUUUCUUUUACCUCAUUUGAAAGACCUCUCUGCUGAACAAGUCAUAUUGUUUCUCCAGUAUUUGCAGUACCUAUAUAUAAAAUGCAGUGUAGAGGCUACCACAGACUUUUCUACCGUAUCUUCUGUGACCAUAAAUCAGAUCAUGGACUGGAUAUACCUCCUUCUGGAUGCUCAUUUUACAGUGGUUGUGAUGUUGCCAGAAACAAGAAGACUGCUUUAUACAUUGCACAAGUUUGUAAGAGCUCAAGCACGUUUUUACUCCGAUCUGAACAAGAUUGAAGCAAGCCUGAAAGAGUUAAAGAGGAUUAACCGACCAAAAGAUGGAGGCUUAUAUUCCAUUGAAGUUCUGAAACUUGUUUGAAAUUGAUACAUUUGCCAUAAAAUAGUUAUAAACCCA